CAAAGGGGCCCUUACAUCUUGGUUCCAAGGAGCAUUUUUGGAGGUGACAUUUCCAGUAGACUCAGUCAUUGAGUGGGAUCAGGAGCUGAGUUUCAGUUGGAGUUUCUAAAGAAUGGAACUGUGAGACAAAUUGGAAAGUCCCUGAAAUCUUCUGAGCAGACCCAAUGAAGUAUUGUAGGAGGGAGCCUUUGGCUGCUAGGCUUCCCACUCACAGGACAAGAGGUCCCAGCAGAAGGAACAACUGAAGAAACUCUUCUUGAUCCUUGCCUGACACAAGAGACCAUGGUCAAGCGAGUUGCAAUUGUUGGAGCUGGUGUGAGUGGCCUCACCUCCAUCAAAAGCUGCUUGGAAGAGGGGCUGGAGCCCACCUGCUUUGAAAGGAGCAGUGACAUUGGAGGGCUAUGGCAAUUCACAGAAUAUGUUGAAGAGGGCAGAGCUAGCCUUUAUAAAUCUGUUGUUACUAACAGCAGCAAAGAGAUGUCCUGUUUCUCAGACUUUCCUUUCCCAGAGGAUUUUCCAAACUUUGUGCCACAGUCCCAAUUUUUGGAAUACCUCAAGAUGUAUGCAAACAAGUUCAACCUUCUGAAAUGGAUCCGAUUCAAGACCAUUGUCUGCAAUGUGAAAAAAUGUCCAGAUUUCUCCACGUCUGGCCAGUGGGAGGUAACCACUGAACAUAAAGGGAAGCAAGAGUCAGCCAUAUUUGAUGCUGUCAUGGUCUGCACUGGUUAUCUCACUGACCCGUUUUUGCCACUGGAUACUUUUCCAGGUAUCAACACCUUUAAAGGUCAGUACUUUCACAGCCGGGAGUACAAGCAUCCUGAUCUGUUCAAGGAUAAGAGAGUCCUUGUGAUUGGCAUGGGCAACUCUGGCACAGACAUUGCUGUGGAGGCCAGUCAUGUGGCUAAAAAGGUGUUGCUCAGCACUACUAGAGGUUCAUGGGUGAUAAAUCGGGUUUUUGACCAUGGCUAUCCUUGGGACAUGGUGUUCACUUCUCGAUUUAGAAGCGUAUUAAGAAAUUCCCUCCCAACUUCAGUUGUAAACUGGUUAAUCGGCAAAAAGGCAAAUAGCUGGUUCGAUCAUGCAAACUAUGGUUUGGUUCCAGAAAACAGGACUUUCCUAAGAGAACCUGUACUGAAUGAUGAGCUUCCAGGAUGCAUAAUUACUGGGAAGGUGUUGAUCAAACCCGGGGUGGAGACAGUGAAGGAAAACUCUGUGGUGUUUAAGAAUACUCCAGAAGAAGAGCCUAUUGAUAUAAUUGUCUUUGCCACAGGAUAUACUUUUGCUUUUCCUUUCCUUGAUGAGUCUGUAGUGAAAGUUGAAAACAAUCAGGCCUCUUUGUAUAAGUAUGUAUUCCCUGCACAUCUGGAAAAACCAACCCUGGCUGUCAUUGGCCUCAUCAAGCCUUUGGGAUCCUUGGCAUGCACAUCAGAAGUACAAGCCAGAUGGGUCACACGGGUCCUAAAGGGCUUGAAUAAACUACCAUCACCAGAGGACAUGAGAGAAGACAUUAACAAAAGGAAAGCCAAUAAAUCCACAGGGUUUGGUUUAUACUUCAAACUGGUUUUGCAAACAGAUCGUGUCGUAUACCUAGAUGAGCUCUUGUCCUUCAUCGAUGCAAAGCCUAACUUGUUAUCUCUGUUCCUGGUGGACCCACUACUGGCUUUUAAGGUUUUCUUUGGCCCACUUACCCCAUACCAGUACCGUCUGACUGGCCCAGGGAAGUGGGAUGGAGCCAGGAAUGCCAUUCUGACCCAGUGGGACCGGACAAUCAAGCCAACAAAAACUCGAGUUGUACAAGAGCCUCUGGAUACUUUUUCCUACCUACCCGAAGUCCUCAGCUUUUUGGCUCUACUUGUCACUGUAUUUCUUAUUUUCCAAUAGCUGAAGCCCUUGGUUUCUUAGAACAAAUGCACAGGGUAGUAGAGUAAUCUCCUAGAUCCUCCAUCAGAGCAGAGCCUUCACUCCUGGGGUCUUUCCCAGAAUAACUAACUUGGGGCAGCUAGGUGGGCAGUGGAUAGAGCACCAGCCCUGGAUUCCAGAGGAUCUGAGU